GGCCGCGGGGCCGCACCGCGCCUCCCCCCGUCCCCCCCUGCUCCGGCUCUCAAUGUUCCACACUGCCCGGCCACAGAGCCGCCGCCGCCGCCGUAGAGCCCCCCGGCCGCCUCCGUCCCCUCCUCGGGCGCCGCGGGCCCGGCCCGGCCCCCCGCCAUCCCGCCCCUCCGACCCAGCAGCGGGACAGGACGCCGGCGAAGUUCCCCACGAUGUCCAGUGAUAGACAGAGGUCAGACGAUGAAAGUCCAAGUACCAGCAGUGGUAGUUCAGAUGCUGAUCAGAGGGAUCCGCCUGCACCUGAACCUGAAGAGCAAGAAGAACGAAAACCCUCUGCCACCCAGCAGAAGAAGAACACCAAACUUUCCAGCAAAACUACUGCUAAGCUAUCUACUAGUGCAAAAAGAAUCCAGAAGGAGCUAGCUGAAAUAACCCUUGAUCCUCCUCCUAACUGCAGUGCCGGUCCUAAAGGAGAUAACAUUUAUGAAUGGAGAUCUACUAUACUUGGACCUCCAGGUUCUGUAUAUGAAGGAGGUGUUUUCUUCCUGGAUAUCACAUUUUCAUCUGACUAUCCAUUCAAGCCACCAAAGGUUACUUUCCGCACCAGAAUUUAUCACUGCAACAUCAACAGUCAGGGAGUCAUCUGUCUGGAUAUCCUGAAAGACAACUGGAGCCCUGCUUUGACUAUUUCAAAGGUUCUGCUGUCUAUUUGUUCACUUCUGACAGACUGCAACCCAGCUGACCCUCUGGUUGGAAGCAUAGCCACUCAGUACCUGACCAACAGAGCAGAACAUGACAGGAUAGCCAGACAGUGGACCAAGAGAUAUGCAACAUAAAUGACAAACUACUUGUGCAGUGUGAAGGUGCAGAAGGCAACUUUGCAGUGUGCAACAAAUCUUUAUAGCCUUUACAAUACGGACUUCUGUGUAUAUGUUAUACUGAUUCUACUCUGCUUUUAUCCUUUUGAAGACUGGGAUACUGCUCCCCAAAAAGGUAAAUGCUAUCAAGAGUAGAAGUUUGUAGCUGUAGAUUAGUUAUGUUUAAAAUGCCUACUUGCAAGUCUUGCUUCUUUGGGAUAUCAAAAUGUAUUUUGUGAUGUACUAAGGAUACUGUUCCUGAAGUCAACCAAAUAUUAUAGUGCAUUUUAGCCUAAUUCAUUAUCUGUAUGAAGUUAUUAAAGUUAGCUGUAGAUUACUAGGAAUUAUGUCAUUUGUAUUAAACCCAGAUCUAUUUCCAAUAUGUGGUACAUGCUGUUGUGAAAACUGUUUUAACUUUUACCUUUGUCAGUUUGUAAUGAAAGGAUUUCCUUUUUCCCUUUGUAGCUCAGAGAGCACCCAGUGUAUCAUCUCAAACACAAUAAACAUGUUCCCCAAGGAGUAGUUUCUUUGUUUUCCUAUUUUAAAUUAAUAUUUUAAUAAAUUUAGUUAUAGUAACAAGGCAAGGCCAAUGUAUCACAGAUCCCUGUGGAUAAUUUUUAAAUUAAUAUGCAUAAGCAAAGGCUUGCUAUUAAAUAUUUAAUGCACACCUGUG